AAGAAGAAGCAGCCGCAGAAACAACAACAACAACAGCAGAAUAAGUUUUAUCAUGGGUUUUCAUAAAUCUCUGACAUUUGUUUAAACGAGGUUGAUGUCCUGUUGUAGCCUACAGCAUAUGGUUGUAGCACCAGACUCCCGGCGGGAAACGAAUUCGACCCAGAUCGAAGAAACUUUGUCUGAGCCCCAAGUCAGAAGGAAACACUGGAAGUCAAAUCUUGUGUGAGGACCACUUUGAUGCAGGUCAAUAGCCUACAAGAGCGCAAGAGCUGAUGGCCUAAAGAGGCUGAGGUCGAAUGCUGUACUGACACCGUUUGCCUCCAACACAAUUGGCGAACCAGAGAAAAUGGCACAGCGCAGCGGACGUGAACUUAUCCAACUCGACCACCCCUACUGCUCUGGAUUCUAUCAAGGAUCCCUGGAAGAUAAAAUGGUGCAAUAUGACAGCUCCACGCCGGACUCCACCUACACGUCCAGCGGUGGCUAUGGUUACCAAACCAACAACAUCAGCUCCAGCGCCGCCCUGCAGGCUGCCUCAGAAAUUACAGGCAAACCCUCCAUCAAGGAAGUGGUGGAUCCAGAUGGGUAUCUGUCUCUGCAUGUUGCCGAAGAAGAAGCGGUGGUGACAGCUGGAGACUCCGAAACAGAUGAUGAUUUUAGUGGGGAUGAAGAAUUACUAGGCCCAAUGCAACGAAUGGAGUACCCUGUGCCAUCUCCGGACACCACCUGCGACGAGGAAGAUGACACAACCCCCUCAAGCAAACCUUCCAAGAAGGAAGUUCUGAAGAGCAAUCUGGAUCCAGACGAGCUUCGGUCCCUGCAGCUUGGCCAAACGCUGGUGACGUCGGGAGACUCUGAAACAGAUGAUGCUUUUAGUGGCGAUGAAGAAUUACUUGGCCCAAUGGAACGAAUGGAGUUCCCAAUGCCAUCCCCGGACACCACCUACGACGAGGAUGGUGGCACAAUCCCCUCAAAACUCUCGGAGACAGAACUUGCCGAAUACACGACAUUGAAAAAAGAACUGCAGAGGUUGAAGAAGGAGGUGGAGGAAUUGAAAAUGCACGACGUAUGGGGGCUCGGAAAACUGUCCACAUUCACUGACGACGCCUUUGAGAUGUACACAGGAUUUUCCUGUUACCGUGAAUUCAUGGCGUUUUGGCAAGUGAUCGAACCAUCUGUCAACAAAAUGGUGCGAGUGUCGAGGGGCAGCCGAAGCCAAGAGGAAAAAACGUCUGAUCGGUACAUGAGGGAGUCACUGCCGCCCAUUGAGGAGUUCACCAUGUACCUGAUGUUCAUCUCCAUGGGUGCGGAAGACCUCUACCUGGCCCACCUCUUCAGCAUCCCGCCCUCCACCGUCCUCUGCAUCAUCUCCCUGUGGACCAACUUCCUCUACACCCUGCUGGGCUCCGGCGCCAUCUGGUUGGACGUCGAGCAGGUCCGGGCCCGCCUUCCUGCAGACUACAAGGAGGACUUUGGCGACGUGCAGGUGAUCGUGGACACGGUCGAGGUCAACUUCGCGCUCGAUCCUCCCGAAGAGCCGUCCAAGUGUCCGAUGUUCUGGUCGUUCGCGCACCAGAAGUACGAGCGCAAGAUGAAGGCUCUGAUCGGCGUAGCGCCUCACGGGCCUGUCACCUUCGUUUCUCCGCUGUGCGAUGGGUCGGUUAGCGACGAGGUGCUUUUCAGGAGGUCGGGGUUGCUUGAUCUUCUGGACAAAGACUCGGCCAUCAUGUUGCCCGACGAAGACAUGACCGUCCCCGAGUGUGUCAAGUGUAAGGUGUAUCGUCCGCCACCGCCAACGAUGCCUUUUUGCAAACCUAGCGAUCAAACCAAGAAAAUGAUCCGCUUUUGGAAUAAUGCAAUAGGUGUUCUUCUCAGGAUCAGGGACAGGGAGAUUUUUAUGCGGACUAUGCCCUCGUUUGUUGCUGGAAGCUAUGACGAAGUUUUUACGGUAUCUCUACUGCUUUCUAAUUACCAGAAUGCUCCUCUGGUUGGCCCGUACACUAGGAGAGCUAGAGAUUAAGAAGCUGAUUACGCGUAGGCCUACAGUAUAUGGAUUGAAAAGUUGAAAACAUCAGUUUUGGCCCCCCUCAUUUCCACUGAAACAGAAUGUUAGACUCCACCUUUCAAAACUGUGGGGAAAAUGCCCCUUUUAGGGAGGUAAAACGCACUGGUUACAAUGAAGUUUUUAUUUUUUAUCCUUGUCUCGUUUAUACGUAAACAGUUAAAAGAAUUCACAAAAAUGUUUUCAUAGGCCCUACCUGUAACCAGCAGCUAAACUGUUCACUAACCAUGACAACGGACAUGAAAUUGUCAUCAUAAGAGGGUGUUCAUAAUUGGUCAUCAUAAAGUAGAAAUCUAUGUUUGUAGCUGUAAAUAAACGUGUAUUUUUCCUGUUUUUCUAAGAGAAUUCUCAACACUCAAGUAUACAAAUACUGUUUGUGGUGUUUUUUAUUGUCAAAAAUUGUAGAUGGCACAUUGUAUAAAGUUUGUAAAUAAAUACUGUUGACUCGCAUCUCAA